AUAUCUUCUUCGCAGCCACCCGUCUCUCUCUCUCCUUACCCAAUAAAUCUCUUAACCCACAAUUCUCCACCACGUCAGAAACUAUUCCGCAAACUACCUCCAUGCAUGCUCCCACAUCUUCGGACAUGCAUAACUCCCAUAAUAAUACUUCCUCGUCGCCUCCUCAUCGUAUUACUACUCGUUCUAUGAAUAACAUCCAUCGUCCCAUAAAUAAACUCAACCUCACUACUCAACUCUCAGAAGUCUCGCCUGAACCCCGUACUGUAAAGGAAGCUCUAUCUUCUCCUCAAUGGCGCCAUGCCAUGACUGACGAGUUCAAUGCACUUAUCCGCAACGGUACCUGGACACUAGUUCCUCGCACCGGUCGGGAGAAUAUAGUGGAUUGUAAAUGAGUUUUCCGCACUAAACGUCUGUCUAAUGGUGCUAUUGACAGGUACAAGACCCGUUUAGUUGCCAAGGGCUUUCAUCAACGACCAGGGGUGGAUUAUACAGAAACAUUCAGUCCCGUUAUCAAGCCAACCACAAUCCGUCUCGUUCUUUCUCUUGCGGUCAGUCGUGGCUGGCCACUCAGACAGGUUGAUGUUAAUAAUGCUUUUUUGCAGGGUAAACUUUAUGAUGAAGUAUAUAUGCUCCAGCCACCUGGCUUUGUGGAUUCCACCAAACCUACCCAUCUAUGUCGUCUUCACAAAGCUCUAUAUGGUCUCAAACAGGCCCCCGGGCGUGGUAUCAAGAACUCAAGUCUUUUCUUCUCCAAAUUGGCUUUAUAAAUUCAAAGGCUGAUACAUCUCUUUUUGUGCUUCGCCGUGGUCAUCAUCUUACUUAUAUUUUAGUCUAUCUUGAUGAUAUAAAUAUUACGGGCAGCUCUCCCACUUAUCUGGAAGCAUUGAUUUGUGAUCUUGGUCAACGAUUUUCUCUAAAGGAUCUUGGAAACCUUUCCUUCUUUUUAGGAAUUGAGGUACUGCCUCAUCCGCAUGGAAUUCUCCUAUCUCAACAACGAUACAUUCUGGAUCUCCUAUCCCGAACUAAGAUGUCUGGUAGCAAUGGUGUCACUACUCCCUUAGCUUCUUCUUCCAAGCUACGCCUUACAUUUGGUAAACCACUUGCUGAUCCAGAACAGUACAGCUCAGUUGUUGGCAGCCUACAGUAUUUAGCUCUCACUCGUUCGGACCCAUCGUAUGUUGUUAACAAAUUAUCUCAGUUCCUUCAUUGUCCUACUGAUGAACAUUGGGAAGCUACCAAGCGUGUUCUGCGCUACCUUCGUCUCACGGCAGGUCAUGACCUUCUUCUCCGACGGUCUCCAUCUUUAUCUUUGCAUGCAUAUUCUGACGCCGAUUGGGCCGACAAUCCUGAUGAUUAUACCUCUACCGGAGCAUUUGUUAUUUUCCUUGGACCAAAUGCUAUCUCUUGGAGCUCUCGCAAACAACGCACUGUUGCCCAUUCGUCUACCGAAGCCGAGUACCGUGUCGUUGCCACCACUGCAGCUGAGCUCCGUUGGGUUUUGUCUCUUCUCACAGAGCUUCAUGUCUCUAUCCCUACUCAACCGGUUAUCUACUGUGAUAAUGUUGGAGCCACACAUCUCUGUGCUAAUCCAGUUUUUCAUUCCUGUAUGAAACAUCUUGUUUUGGACUAUCAUUUCAUUCGGGAACAUGUUCAACAUGGCAUCCUUCGUGUCACUCAUGUUCGCUCUGAAGAUCAUCUAGCUGACUCUCUCACCAAGCCUUUGCCUCGACGCAGAUUCCAAGAGCUCCAUGUCAAGAUUGGAGUUCUUCCCAGACCCUCCAACUUGCGGGGGCAUGAUAGAGAUAAAUCAUAAUAUUUAUCUCAUAUUAUCUCUUUGUAAUUAAUUUGAAUGUGUAUUCUUAUCUCCUAGUUAGUUACAUAGACCAGGACUCUUUGUUUGUAACUCUACAUAUACGG